UCUAUCAUAAACGAUUCCCAUGUAAAAAAUAAAACAAAUAUUGCGCCUGCGUGACACGCAGAACAUGUUGGUAACUUGAUUUUAAGUUGUUACAGCUAUUAUAUCGGUUUCCUAAACGUCAGGCUAUUGCAGUGUCUCUCAAUGACAGCGUACAUUGAAUUGUAACGUACAUUUGACAGUGUAACCCGAGUGUUAAAGAUCAAAGAGAAUCAAAGAGAUGGCAGGACAUGAAGGCGAUUAUUUAUUGAAGAUAUUGUGCCUUCAUGGAUAUAGACAAAAUGCACAAACAUUCCGUGAGAGGACUGGAGCGUUUAGGAAGAUUGUAAAGAAACACGCAGAACUCGUGUUUUUUUCUGCCCCUAAUGUGGUUCCACCUAUGGCUGGAGAAGAUGGUGAUACUGCAGACAAUUCAGAAGAUCAGAGAGGCUGGUGGUUUUCAAGGGCAGACAACUACUACAGAGCUCAGGAUGAGACUGAAUGUUGCAAAGGCUAUGAAGAAUCUCUCCAAGUAAUCAAGCAAGCUUUUGCUGACCAGGGCCCAUUUGAUGGAGUGUUAGGUUUUAGUCAAGGUGCUGCAAUGCUGUCACCGAUUUGUGGAUUGAGGGAACAAGAACCUGAUACAUUCAAGUUUGAUUUUGCCAUCUUUGUUGCUGGAUUCAAAAGCAGGCAAAGACCCCAUGAUGCUAUUUAUGAGAACAUCGUAACUAUUCCCACUUUGCAUGUGUUUGGUGAUACAGAUAAAGUUAUUCCAAAAGACAUGAGUGAAGAUUUAUUGCAGUUUUAUCAGAAUCCCAAAAUAUUGCAACAUCCUGGUGGACAUUUUAUUGCUGCAUCUGGACCACAGAAAAAAGUUUACUUAGAAUUUCUUAAUGAAAUGUUAGAAAAUAAGAAGAAAUCAUGACUAAUGUGCACCAAAUGUCUAAAAUAAGCUGAAACUGUGCAUUUUUGUUGUAUUAUGUUUUACUUAUACAGUCAAACCUGUAUAUAACAGCCACCCAAGGGACCUGACAAAAGUGGUCAUUAUAGAGAGGUGACCCUUAUAUACAAGUUCAAAAUUAGAACUCAUAUAUUAAAGAAUAUCACAACUGUCAUAAAAAAGAUAUCGCAUUUUUAAACCAUUCCUCAUUGCCUGUUGCUUUCUUCUGGCUGAAACAUUAUUGUCAAAAUCGGCUAGAACAUCAGCUUUCCUUUUUAAAAUAGAAUUAAUCUGAAAAUAUCCUACACCAAAAUGAUCGGCGAUCUUUCGCACACUUAAAUUGCCUUUGUCAGAUUUGUUAAUAACGUCGAUUCUCUGUUCUAAUGUUAAAGCAGUACUAUUUUUCGGUGGCAUUUUGCAUACAAAUGUAUUCGUUAAUAUAUAUCGCAAACGCGAACAUUGACUUGCAGAAGAUAUUUUAUGUAAUUGAAGGUUAUUACCCAUGUGGCAUGAUUAGCUCAUUUGUGUGUUUAAUGACACCGCUAAUCCUUCAGUGGAGUCUAACCGUUUAUUACAGCUGAAUAAGAUCAGGAGUCACUUUAAAAAUCCGAACACGGGACAUCUGCAAUGACCGGCACCUUCAGCUAUUCAUGUUUAUUUACCAGUCAUGUCUGGUUAGAAGCAAGGAAACACCUAACAUAAUACUCAUUUGUUUGGUUUCUCGAGACUCAAUAGAGUGACCAUACAUACAGAUUACAUUAUUGUACAGCCAAUGGGAAGUCGUCUACUGUUCAGCGAGGAUGCCGAGAACCAAUCGAAUUACACCACCAGUAACUGCGUGUCAUGGAAGUUACUGAGUGUUUUUCAAUUACGAUCAGAGAAUUACAAUGGAACUUUACUACAGAAAAUAAACUCAAAACUACAGACAUGGCUGUAUAAACACAUUUAAUUUAUAAUUUUUAAGAUGAUUGAAAAAGUAAAGACAUAACCAGGGUAAAAAAACCAAAAAAACACGUCUUUACCACGAUAAUCUUGUGACCAUUAUAGCAGGUUCAACCUGUGAUUUUGUGUGAAAAAUAGUGACCGCUGGCCGUUAUGGACAGGUGACCGUUAUGUACAGGUCAAAUAUGGAAGGUAAUGCAUUGGGGGGAUUUAUAGUGGCCGUUAUAGGCAGGUGACCAUUAUGUACAGGUGACCGUUAGACCAGGUUCGACUGUAUAUGGGUUUGAUUGUGAUUUUGGGGCAUCAUUUUGAUCUGAAAAUAUUACCAAAGGAAAUAUAAUGUUAUCCUGGAGAAAUUAACAAAAUGGCCACCAGAUGACAAUACAUGCCAAAUAAAUGGAUAAGCAAAUGUAGAACUUUUGGUACAGGCAAACUGGGAUAAAUCCAGAGUUUGGGAGGGUUAGGCAGUGUGUGUAAUGGCGAACACCCAGAAAAGAGGUUGCGUCGUUACUAUACACCCUAUAGUCUUGCUUUAAACAGCUGUUCGAUAGUGUGAUUUGAAGCCACUGGUUGUAUAAAAUUACUUUGUUCACCUCUGUACGAACAGAAAAAGUGGUCAUAUUUUUUCAGACAAUGAGGCAUUGCACAAAGAAUGUCUGGACUGCAUAACCGAUCUAUUAUAUGACAAAAUACAACAAAAAACACUGAAUCGCUGGAAAACGAGAUGUUUGUAUGUCAUUGCUAAAAACCUAUCCAUUCUCGGUUUGUGGAUUUUUUAAAAUUUAAUUAUUUAUAUAUUAUUUGAAUAAAAUCUAGUUGAAAUAUUA